CGAGGGUGCGCGGUUCCACUGGUAUUAUCCAGGAAAAAAAAUUUGUAGGUGUAACUUUGUUGGAGGAUUAGCAUGACAAAUAUCUCCCGCAUGACAGCAAAAACCAUGUCAUGCGCAGAUAGUACGGGAAAACGCCGCUGAAUGGACCCUUAGAUGCAUGCCAAGCAUGACAGGCUCAAGCAAUUUGCAUGUUGCGCAUCACAAAUUUACACUAACAACCUUUUUUUCUUGGAUAGGAAUGCAGCGGAAUUUACCCUGACGCUGGCGAACUCCCCGGGGCGGGCGCAGGAGCUCAUCAUCGCUAUCAAAAUGAAAAAUCCCCCCUCCCCAUAUCAAAACGGAAAUCUGUGAUGCGGGAUUUGUGUACACAAAUAACAUUUGUCUUGCAGGAAAGCACUGCGCGCAGAUCGCAAGCCUAAUGGGGGGCCUUUUGGUGUAGGGGCCUAGCAUAGCAGACAUCUGCCCUGUAGGCCUUACAGCAUUACAAACCGCCUGCAUAUCGUGGCGGACUCUCUGGAUUUGCCUUCUGGCAAGACAGACAGGAUUUGUGGCCACAAAUCUGCAUCACAAAUUUUCGGAGGGACAUGUUUUCAAUAUGGGGAGGAAGGAUUUUUCCUUACGAUAAUCGCCGCCCUGUCGGCGUACAUCCUGGUAUUCGCUUUGUUGAUGAACUCGGUCGCAAGCAACGCAUUUGUACCCGAAACCGAAUCCAAAGAGGAGCAUUUUCCGAUAUGCAUUGCAAAUAUGUCUGGGUCUGGAAUAUUGCCACCAGGUUUGUCAUGCAAUUUUGAAUGACCCACGAUGCUUGUAAUGCAUGACCUAGCAUCACAGCUUUAGCUUUUUAGAUGACGGCUUCCUGAUGCCUAUUCUGCAUGAUAAAUGCCCUUCCCGCGUAGCACAAACUGUACUCCUCUUCCACCUGGUCAUGCAAUACAAAUUUUCUUAGGAUCCAAAGACAGCACCACAAGUUGCAACCUUCCAGACCCAGACAUAUUUGCACUGGAUACCCGACCCGAGCCUUCAAUUUCCUGCUGGCCUUCGUGUUCGCACUGUCUACGGCAAGCACUUUGUUUCUCACCUACAUUCUCUCCGCGAUCACGUUGGACAGCGAAUUCGGUGCCUGGCGACAGCUACGCAUUGCAAAUAUGUCUGAGUCUGGAAUAAAGUUCGAACCUGUAAAAAUGCAGGUCUUACAUUUUUUCUGUGAAAUCUGUACUAUUGCGUGACCAACAAAACAAAGGCGCAGUCUCUUUCGUCAUACAAAAACGCAGCUUCUUCUGCGAGCUGCGCAUGACAAAGCAUUCUGGAAAGUUGUCACGCUUGGCUGCAUUCAGAACAAGUACAAGUGUAUCAAUCAUCCACACUGUAGCAUCACAAGUUUCCAGACCCAAACAUGUUUGCAUUGGAUAGCAGCUCCUGCGCUUCGAGCGGAACGCUGAGCUCUACGUGUGGCUCAUGGCAGUCGCAUAUGGCGUUCUCAAAUGUUACAUUCUCGUCAACUGUGGUAUGAAUUUGUAAUGCAAGAACGGCAAAAGUUAAUGGGGAAAGCUGGCGCCUUUUGCAUUACAGAUUUGGGACAGAUUUACAUGCUGUUUAGCCCCUUCGGAGAUUUGUCAUGCGAAGCAGCUUAAGGGUGGCGCUCUUGGUGGCAAAUUUGCAUGACAAAUCAUGUAACAGUUGAAAGCGUAACAUUUGCGAAUCCCAUAUCGCGAACACCGCGGUUCUGGGACUCGUAUGUUUUGCAAAAGUCUCGUACUCGUAUAAAUGCAUUACAAAUUUCCUCAGCAUGAGAAAUAAAAUUUGUAAUGCUGAUUUUCCUUGACGCAGGGAUUUGUAAUGCAUGACUGCAAUACGAGUGCGAUACUUUUGCACAGGAUAACUCGCCGCCGUCGGAAACGCGUUGACUGCCGAGCGGGCGCGG